AUGUCUCAGUACGGCCCCAAGUCGGACUUCAAACAGCCUUCGGACAGCAGCCCUGAGGCCAACACAGAAGAUGACAAGACCGAGGAGGACGCACCCAUGCCCAGAAACUACCUGUGGCUCACCAUCAUUGCCUGCUUCUGCCCCGCGUACCCUAUCAACAUCGUGGCUUUGGUCUUCUCCAUCAUGUCUCAGAACAGCUACAACGAAGGAGACUUCGAAGGAGCCAAGCGGCUGGGGCGGAACGCCAAGUGGGUGGCCAUCGCCUCCAUCAUCAUCGGCCUUCUCAUCAUUGGCAUCUCAUGUGCCGUUCACUUCACAAGGAAGCCGGAAGCGGAAGUGAGGUCGAGCGAGUCCCUCGUUGGACCCGCCGCAGCCAUCUCCCCCAUCCAUACCACCACUACCACCGACUUUCUGGGCCGGGAGGACGAGCGGAUUCGCCGGAAGCGGAAGUGGCUGGGGGUAUUGGGGGUGUGGUGA